AAAGUGAAGCCUAAUCCUGUUGAACUAUAUGAGGUUACCCAUACAAGAAAAAAGGAUAAACAGUUUGUGAACGACAAAUGCAAAAGUCUAUAUCUUCAAAUGCAAGAAUUAACAACCAGUGAGGCCUUAGAGGAAGGCAAUGUGGAGGGAACAAGUGUGGAUGACCGAAUGCAAGAAAUAGUCACACAAGUACUAGGGGGCCGACGAACUGGGCACGUUAGAGGAAUGGGAUGCGGUCUUAUUCCUACCCCUUUAAGAACUUCAUCUCAAGCGUUCACCCAGUUCGACAACCACGAUGAGUGUAGGAAAAGACAAGAAGAUACUCAAAGCGAGCUUCAACAGACUAGAAUUGAACUUCAUCAGUACAGAGAGAAUUUGCAAGCCAACGUUGAGGAAACGAACAAAUUAAAAGCCACUGUUGAGUUCUUAAUGUCACGUAUUGGAGGGUCUGGAGGGAGCUUGCUUGGAGGUGCAUCAAGUGAAGCCAACAAUUGAGGGAGCUUUGGAAUAACUUUAUUUAGGAUGUACUCUUUG